CUCAAACUCAUUUUCUUUCUUCACCAUUUCUCCUUUUUGUUUCUUCAUUUCGUUGAAAGUUACCGAUGGAGUCCUCUGUUGACGUGUUAUCAGCUAAGCGCUGUCGUUCAACCGGAUCUCCCUGUGGCCCUGACACAGGCAAAAGACAGAAGUUAUCAGAUGUCGCUGACCAUACGAAUCCAUCUGCAAUUUCGGAUGUUGUGGUUCGUAUAGAGCAUGGGAAAUUUGGAAGUGUCACAAAGGAAAUAGAGGACCUUGUAGCCAUCAAAAUGCAAAUACUUGGACCUUACUUUGCAAAGUAUCCCGUACUUGUUAAUGAAUUCAGGAAUGUGGUAACUGACCACGAUGAAGACACCACUAAAUUCGAAGAUCAACAAGACACUGGUUUGACAUAUCAUGAUGUCAUAGAUUUGGAGGUGGAAAACUUUGAGAAGGAUGUUCGUGCAGCUCCAGUUCCUGUUAUUCACAUCGAUUCAGACGGGGAAGGUGAUGAAGAUAAAAAUGCUAUUGUUCCUUUUCAUGAAGCCUCAGAGGUGGAAGAUGAUAGACACAAUAAAUCUAUUGUUCCAUUUCAUGAAGCUUCAAAAGAGAAAGAUGAUAGACAAAAUAAAUCUAUUGUUCAGUUUCAUGAAAUUGUGUUGCCGACGCUUGUUGCACCGUCUCCUGUUGUGAUGAAGACAGUCAGGCAGCGUACUCCCAUUCCUAACCAUCGCAAAAGUAAAGAUCCGAAAAAGGAGACAAGUUUGGCGGGUACAGGUGUUUAUAUCGGUUUAAAGGAGGAAGAGGAUCAUCAGGUUAACCCCGCAGAUAAUGAGGGCCUAGAAGAUAUUUGGAAAGAGAUGUCAAUGGCAAUGGAGUGUUCCAAAGUUGUUUCCGCGGAUCCUCUGCCAGAUGAAGAAGUAGAAAGAGACUAUGAAGAAGCAGAAAGAGACGAGGAUUGCGAUCAUUCUUUUAUUUUAAAAGAUGAUAUUGGUUAUGUUUGUCGGGUUUGUGGAAUUAUUGACCGAAGAAUUGAAACCAUAUUUGAGUUUCAGUACAAGGUUAAACGGAGCACAAGAACUUAUGCAUCUGAUUCACGGAAUACCAAGAAAACAGAUGUAUUUGGAGUUAAUGUUAUUAAAGAUGACCUCAUAGUUACCGAAAUCCCAGCGCACCCUAGACACAUGAAACAGAUGAAGCCCCAUCAAGUUGAAGGAUUCAAUUUUCUUGUUAGAAAUCUUGCAGGUGACAAUCCUGGUGGCUGCAUCUUAGCCCAUGCUCCAGGAUCUGGGAAAACAUUCAUGAUAAUCAGUUUCAUGCAAAGUUUUCUAGGCAAGUAUCCGAAUGCAAGACCCUUAGUGGUGCUUCCUAAGGGAAUAUUGUCAACAUGGAAAAAGGAGUUUCAAAUAUGGCAGGUGGAGGACAUACCUUUAUAUGACUUCUACACAGUGAAGGCAGACAGUAGAACUCAACAACUGGAAGUGCUGAAUCAAUGGGUGGAGAAGAAGAGUAUUCUUUUCUUGGGAUACAAACAGUUCUCCUCUAUUGUCUGUGAUAAUGGGACCAACGAUACAUCAUUAUCUUGCCAAAAAAUUUUACUCAAAGUUCCUACAAUUCUUAUUUUGGACGAGGGACACAAUCCUAGGAAUGAAAACACAGAUAUGGUACAAUCUCUCGCAAAAGUUGAGACGCCUAGAAAGGUUGUACUGUCAGGAACCCUUUAUCAAAAUCAUGUCAAGGAGGUGUUUAACAUUCUAGAUCUUGUUCGGCCGAAAUUUUUGAAGAUGGAAACAUCCAAAACUAUUGAGAGGCGCAUCCGAAGUAGAGUUCAUGUAUCAGGGAUAAAAGACUUCUCUGAUUUAGUUGAAAACACUUUGCAGGACACUGAUUUUAAAACGAAAAUAGCUGUUAUACAAGAUUUGCGUGAGAUGACGAGCAAGGUACUUCACUAUUAUAAAGGAGAUUUUCUUGAUGAGCUUCCUGGUCUUGUGGAUUUUACUGUAAUGCUCACUCUUAGCCCUAGACAGAAGUCUGAAAUAGCAAAAAUAAAAAAGCAAUCUAAAAGAAAGUUCAAGAUAUCUUCUGUAGGAAGUGCUGUCUAUCUGCAUCCUAAACUGAAACCACUAGCAGAAAAUUGUGGUGAAAAUUCUACAUCUGAUCGUGUAAUUGAUGACUUGGUAGAUAAACUGGAUAUCAGAGAUGGUGUGAAGUCAAAAUUUUAUCACAACAUGCUAAAUCUGUGUGAAUCAGCAGGGGAGAAGCUUCUAGUUUUCAGUCAGUAUCUGUUACCCUUGAAAUAUUUAGAAAGGUUGACUAUUAACUGGAAAGGCUGGAGUCUUGGAAGAGAAAUUUUUGUAAUCUCAGGAGAAUCAAGCUAUGAGCACCGAGAAUGGUCCAUGGAAAAAUUUAACAGUUCUCCUGAAGCCAAAGUCUUCUUUGGCUCAAUCAAGGCAUGUGGUGAAGGUAUAUCACUGGUUGGGGCCUCUCGCAUAAUUAUCUUGGACGUUCAUCUCAAUCCAUCAGUUACACGUCAAGCUAUAGGUCGUGCAUUCAGACCCUGCCAGAAGAAGAAGGUGUUUGUGUAUCGUUUAGUAUCGGCUGAUUCUCCAGAAGAAGAAGAUCACCAUGUUUGUUUCAAGAAAGAGUUAAUUUCAAAAAUGUGGUUUGAAUGGAAUGAGUAUUGUGGUGAUCGAGCUUUUGAAGUUGAGGAAGUUCUUCUGAAAGAGUGUGACGAUCUUUUUCUUGAGAGUCCAUUGCUUGGAGAAGAUGUAAAAGCUCUGUACAAAAGGUAGGAUGGGUAGGCACUUAUGUUUCACUUUCAUGUGCUUGUGAGUAAAAUUUUCUGACCCUGUUUGCUUACGAUUUGUCAAUCAUACAGUUCUGUUUUAAUAUUUGUUUUAAUAUUUCAUUGAACAAUGAGUUGACAAAUAUUUUUCGAGAUUUUCUGAUUGUUUCGGAUUCAGGACUGUAUCUUUGUUCAGAACAAUGCAGGGUUACUGAGAAUUGAAUGAGUUUUCUUUUAGUCUUUAUUUAAUGUUCCUAGUAUUAGUAGCAAAUAGCAUUCUGUUAUCUUAGUUUAUUUUAGU